GGCCCGACAUAACGGACACAGCUCCUCAUACCGCGAAUCUGUAUCGGCAUUGUGAUUAUUAUCCUCGGGCUACGAUUUUUCAUCGCAUGGUGGAUGAUAGAAUUGUGGAAAUUGACAUUAAUUCAGUUCGAUCAACGAGGGACGCCCAGAUAGCAGGGGGAAUUCGAUUAUUUCGGAGUGAAGGGGAUUUUUGGGUUUUGUCGGACGGUGAAAGGGGUGCACCUGUGUGGAGGGGUUUAUUUUUGUCGAGUUAAGGAUUUCUGAUCGGUGGGCAAUGGAGCACGCUGGCGAGGGUGACGGAGGCGGCGAUCGUCGUGGCGCAGGUAGGGGAAGAGGACGCAACUCCUGGACACCUGGCACUGAGCAUCAGCAGUUGAGACGUCCACAGAUCCCCAAUCAGACGGGGGCCGUUCAUCAAAUCAACGAGAUGUUCAACAAUGCUUCGAUUAAUGAUGUGGUGAAGAACUCGGAGCUCUCUGUUGAUGCUCCGGAAUUUGUGCCCAAGGGAUUCGUCGCUCCACAGCUAAAUCAGGGCCAAGGCUGGCCGAGACACUCGGUGCAGGAGCGUUUGACUGCAGCGAGGAGUGGUCAGGGGAUGCCCCAUGCCCAUCAUCAUUAUGGCAGUCAUCAUCAGUACCCUUAUCACGUCCAGCAGAUGCCGUACCAUCACCAGUAUGGAGAGUCAGAGCAUCCCUCGCAGUCUUACCAGCGAUAUGAGAGUGGAUAUGGGAAUUAUGACAGGAAUCAAGGUCCCCGUCUCCCCGAGAACUCUCGAGUCGACCAGACCCUGCAGGGCUCCCUCUCCCACCUGUCCACAGCGAUGCAGACCCUCACCCGCAAUCCGGAUCAAUUCGAUAAUCUAGUCGUGCCACUAGUAUGUACCAUAACUCCCCACUUAAAGAACAAAGAGAGCACCGAGGCAAUAGUGAAUGCAAUCAUUCAAAAAUGUAUAAUCGACUCAAACUUUCGAUACAGUGGAGCGCGUCUCUGCUCUCACCUUGACGCCGUGGAGACGCCUUCAAAAGACAAUCCCUCAAUAUUCAGAACAGCUCUGUACGAGCGUUGUCGCGAUGAGAAUGACAAUCAGUCGACAAAUUGGCCGAAGAUUGUUGAGCACACGCCCGAUGACGAGCGCAAGUGUCACGGUUUGAUGCUGAGCCUUGCUGAAUUAGUUGCCCAAAUGGACUCCCAUCCAGCCUCAAUUCUCGGCAAAGUCCUGGUGGACCUGAUCUCAAAUACACUGAAGAAUCCUGGCCCCAACUCAGCCAAGUACAUCUGCCAAUCACUCAAGUUGGCUGGCCAGUACUUGGAGCGCGACAGCACGACAAAUCGCCAGGAGAUUGAACGAGUCAUGAGGGAGCUCACUGAUCUCGUUACAAAGGGCCAGGUUGACGUGCACGUUGGGAGAAUGGUGAACAGUGUUCAGGAGUUGCGCAGUGUCAACUGGGGGCGUGGAGUCUCGUUCAAUGAUUCAGUAGCUGUCGAUGUCAAUCCUGGAAAUGUUCAGGUGCAGCAGAAAUUGAAGCCGUCGUCUCAGCAGGUGGAUGAGCCUGUUCUUUAUGGACCUGAUGGCAUGGUACUGUCGGCUGAGGAACGACGCUUCUGCCAGGAUCUCUCCAGUCACGAUGCCGGGGACGACUGGGCAUCGUCCUUGGAAACCCCGCAGCAGGAGGAGGAUGAGGACGACAUGAUUGCUGAUGCUUAUGAAGAAUUUCUCAAACUCGCUCCCAAUAAGAAUGAUAACAGCAAUGUCAACAGGGGGAAAUAGCGAGGGGGGGAGUAAUUUGGGGCUGGCUUCCUCCAACGUUGAAUUUAUGUAUUAUUGACGUCGAUGAUUUUUCUCAGGGCGAGGAAGGGGAGUGGGGGAAUUUAACUGGGGAAGAUCAUUUUUUUAGGAUUGGCACGAAAACUUGUGAAUGAUUUUUAUUGAACUCUGUUUUUUUUUUCUAUUGAAAAAUUCACAGCUCAUCGCCGGUUUUUUGUAAUGGAAAUAUUCAGGGGAGAAUGCUCUAUCGGAAAAACGAAUGAAAUUGAAUUUUCACAACUUAUUCUAUUGAUUUUUUUCAGUAGAAAUUUCUCGUCUCAAAUUUUCUAUUUCUUCUAUUCUAUUUCUUUCGAGAGAAUGCCCAGUCGAAUUCUCCUGUUAUUUUCGUCACUCUCCUGGUGGUCUGAGGGAUGAGCUAUUUAAACGAUAAGAAAAAUAUGAAAAUUUGAUGUCACAAUUCACCACACCGUGGACACCAGCUGCUUUUCAGAGUCUCCAAGGGAGUCAUGAGUUUGAAAAUUAAAGAAAAUGGAGAAAACAAUAGAGAACAUUUUUGCUGUAACGAGAGCAUCACGUUUAGAUUAAGGGAUUUUGUUUUUAUAUUGAGGAAAAUGAAAUGUUUGUAAGAGGCAUCUAAACAUAUAUGUAUCUGGGGCUAAGGCCCAAUAUUGCACCUAGUCGGUUCAUAUGUAAUGUAAUUUAACAAGGAUUAAUGGAUUAAAUCUGGAUUAAAUUUCAAUCAAUUCAAUAUAUUCAAAACGAUGACAGCGUCUGUUUUGUAUGAAUUUUAAAGCGAAAUAUGGUAAUUGUAAAUCAAUAAAUAUUUUUUUUCCGUUUUUAGGAGGCCAAA